CAGCCAGCUAUUGGGGCAAGUGGACGUUGACCAGUGUGACGGGUGCACUUAAGUGUUGUUGUUGGAAAAAAUAUAUUCAAAAGGGGUGACACUUUUAGAAAAAAAUACCUAUAUUAAAAAAAAAAUCUGUGUAAUUUGCUGAAGUUGAGGGCGAAAUGCACACAGUAUGGAAAAUUAGUGAGGAAAGUUAUACAAAAAUAACAACAACAUACUAUGCACAUUAUCAGCAGCUGGCAGCGAAGCAAUUGAGUCGACACGCUGCAAAUUGCCACACAGUGUAAUUUAACUGUUUUAUUUUUAUUUGCAUGCAAUCAGCGAAAUUGAUGAAAAGAAAACAAGUGAGAAAGCAGCAAAUAUGUGGAUAAAACUCAGUAAAUAAAGAGAUAUUUAUGUAGCAGUGUUUAAAUAUGUAAAUAGUGAGAUAAAUUCUAUAUAUAUUAAAUGCUAUAAAAUUUAAAAUGAGUGAAGCGGGUAAGAAAUAAAAAAUGCCACAAAAAAUCCUAAAAAAAAACUGAAUUAAGCGUAAAUUCACGCUUGCAGCACGUGUCGCCAUAAAAAUUGCUCUUAAAAUACGGCAAUUAAACGCACACCAACGCAAAGAGGUGUUAAUAAGAAAUUUUUUUGAAGCCAGAAUUAAUUAAUAAAAAAUAAAUUUCAGCGGUGUGAUUUAAAAUAUAUUAAAUUAACACUUAAAGUGCUAAACUGUGAAAACAUAUCAACUAUUUGCAAGUGAAGCAAUCAGUGCAAGGACGAACGUUACUUAUACGCCCGCGUGCCUCUUUUAGUGACUAUAAGAAGCUAAAUGAAAAGAACUUUUUACGCAUAUAAUUAAAUGUUAAAUGACCGACAGUGUUGCUGAUAAUGAUUGUGGUGGCACUUGAUUGCCUUUCAUUAACAACAUGAGUCCACAAAUCGCCUCCACAUACUUCACCAGGGUCGUGGAGAAAGCUUCAACUGAAACACUUUCGGGCUGCGGGUGACAGCUUAACUAUAAUCCGGUGAUAAUAUUACAAAAAGUCUUUAGAGAACUUUUGCCAACUGAUAGAUAUAAAUAAAUAAACAAAAACAACAAAAAAAUAUAAAAAUUAAAAAAUAGAUAAAGAAAGGAAAAAAAGUUAUACCACAAAAAUAAAAUGAAUGACAAAAUAAUGUGAAAUAAAACGCGUGACAUUUAAGCGCCCCAAAGCUGCAAUCAACCAACCCGCACAAAAUCUCGAGCACAUUCAUAUCAUACCUUGCUUCCAAAUCACUUGAUUGUGCCGAGCAACCGCAGCACUGGCUGAGAUUUAUGUGUAGACUAUAUAUGUAUAGAGUGCUGUGUGUUGCCUGGUCUUAAGCGCUACGCAUACACACACACUCGCUAGCUUGCUCGCAUUUGAAGUCGCACUCGCAAUGAGCCACCAGUUUCAAGUGAGCUACACCGCCCUUGAGAUGACCGACGACAAUCAUCAUGCUUCCUCCAUGCCAUCGGUGGUGUCAUCACCGUCGCCGCGUACAGCGCGCAAUGUCAAUUUUCAUAGCGAAAUCAACGAUACACCACCCACACCGCCACCCGGUUAUCCGCCGCAGCAAUUACCGCCGGCACGUCGUACCUCGAAGUCGUUCUUUCAGCGGCCGCGUUCGAUGUCCGCUUGGAGUGAUAUUAGCCGCAGUAGUAUGCGUUUGGAUGAACGGUAA